UUUUUGAUUUGUAGACAAAACGAUGUCUCGGUGAUUGAAACUACGGGAUCGUUGUCUCUCUCUGCUUCUUCCUUCAAUCCGAUUUUGGACAACCUUUUUUACUCAGACAGAAGAUUUCAUUUCUCUGGUGGGUGAUGGGACAACUACUGUUGUUCUUCUUGCAGCAGAGUUUUUGAAAGAGGCUAAGCCAUUUAUUGAGGAUGGUGUUCACGCUCAGAAUUUAAUCAGGAGUUACCGCACGGCUUGCACUUUGGCAAUUGAGAAGGUUAAAGCACUCGCUGUUAGCAUUGAGGGGAAGAGUGUAGAGGAAAAGAAAGGUUUGUUGGCUAAAUACGCUGCUACUAAUCUUUCAUCUAAGCUUAUUGGUGGGAAAAGGAGUUAUUUGCUACUAUGGUUGUUGAUGCUGUAAUGGCUAUUGGGAACGACGACAGGCUAAAUCUGAUUGGGAUCAAGAAGUAUUUUGCGGAUUGUGAUAUAUUCUGUGCUGGUCGUGUGGCAGAAGAAGAUCUUAACCGUGUGGCUGCUGCAGCUGGAGGAACAGUUCAGACAAGUGUUAACAACAUAAUAGAUGAGGUUCUUGGAACUUGUGAGGUUUUUGAGGAGAAACAAGUUGGUGGGGAGAGGUUUAACAUAUUCAGUGGUUGCCCUUCAGGCCGUACAGCAACUAUUGUCCUCCGUGGUGGAACUGAUCAGUUAGUCGAAGAAGCUGAGCGGAGUUUACAUGAUGCGAUUAUGAGAAGGGUUGUGAAGAACUCAACUGUUGUUCCUGGAGGUGGAGCUAUAGAUCACAGUCAAUGGUUCACUGGUUGUUCCUUUUCCAUAUGUACUGGUUGUUUUGUCCUUGCUCCCUCUAGUGUAAAGUUACCACGGCAAAAGGGAACACAAGUGGAUAGUCUCUGCGUCAAGUAAACACUAUAGAAAGUAAUAUGGAUGAUACCAGUUCAAGGACUGAUGGCGAUACAGAUCACAGAGAUCUGGGGGUUUAGCUCGUAAUCUGGCUCUAAUCUUUUUAUUAUUGUAUUUUCUCGAAAAUGUCAGUCGUGGGAGGCUUGCACCGGGUUCCCUUGGUAAAACUUGGGACAAUCUACCGGGUAGAGCCAAAUCCACAGGACAAAUCAUUUGUUUAUGUUCACCAAACGUCAAAAUUUUGAAUGACAUAGUAAUUCCUGAUAUUAAUUGCCGUCUGAGAGAGGGCAAAUGAUGCUUGCUGCUGCGUCUGAUUCCAGUGACCAAUCAACGGAUAUGUUGGAUGAAAAAGGCUUGCUCAAAAUCGUGAGGUAACAAGAAAAAGCAGAUUGGGGAAGAAGGAAGAAGGCAUAUGUUGUAUGUUCUGCAGCUGGAGAAUAGUCGAUUAAAGAAGACUCAACUUGAGCAAGAGCUGUAAAGAGCAAGACAAAAGAGACUUGGUUUGAUUCUGAUUAAGUAACUCUUUAUAAAUAAGAUAAAAGAGACUUCAGCCGAGGCCUAAUAUGUCAGUUCAACUAAUAAGGAAUAGUUAGUCGAGUCUUGGAUUAGCUGAAGUCGAGGAGGGGCUUUGGCAUUUGAUGCUGAACAUUCACGGUGGCUUGAAGAAAAGAACGGGCAAAUGAAUGAGCUGAGAUGCAGGUGAGACUGAGCUCCGGACAAUUGUAACUCACUAUGAAGAGCUUUUCAAGAUUAAGAGUAAUGCAGCUAAGAAUGAUGUCUUCCACUUGUUGUUUAUCUGGAAUGUGGAAAACACCAGCUGAGAGAUGUUUCUUGUGGCUUGGCGUGUUCCGCUCAAGAAUGAUUACCACCAUAUCGUUUUUUAUUCAUCAAAAACCAUAGUUGUAUAUGUAAAAUAUGUAGGAGUGUUUUGAGGAAUCUCAUAUAUAUAACUUGUCCUUUUAUUUGGCCUGAAGCACAAAGAUAAAUUCUAUACAAA